AAUCUUCAGUCGACAACAUUGACGUUCAACCAUUCAAGAAUUUAUAAAGGUUUUCGGGGGAAAAAAACAUAUCAAGAAAAUGGACGACUAAAGAAGUUUUAUUAUGAAUUUUUCUUUCGCGGGUUGUGGCUUUUUGGGAAUUUACCACGUUGGUGUAGCAUCUUGCCUUAAACAACAUGCACCACAACUGGUUGAAAAGGCGACGUUUUUAGGAGCUAGCGCUGGUGCCCUGGUGUGUACCUGUUUGUUGUGUGGUAUAGAUAUAGGUGAAUGUACAAGUUUUGUUUUACGACUUGCAACAAAAGCUCGUUCCAGAGCUCUUGGGCCUCUACAUCCAAGUUUUGACAUUUCAAGAAUUCUCAGGGAUGUGCUGGAUUCCAUAUUACCAGACAAUGCUCAUGAGAUUGUUAGAGGUCGGUUAUAUGUCUCCCUGACCAGAGUCAGUGACAAGCAGGCAGUGCUGGUGUCUGAAUUCCACUCUAAAGCUGAUCUUAUACAGGCUCUGCUAUGCAGUGCACAUGUUCCACUCUACUCCGGAUUGAUACCACCUUCAUUUCAUGGAACAAGGUAUGUAGAUGGAGGUCUGAGUGACAACCUUCCCAUUCUGAAUGAUGAAACCAUCACCGUUUCUCCUUUUGCAGGAGAAAGUGACAUCUGUCCUUCUGACAAUUCAUCAAAUUUUGAACACAUCAUACUAGUCAACACGAGUAUGCAGCUAACAAGCAGGAAUCUGUACAGAAUCUCUAGGGCACUGUUCCCUCCCCACCCCUCCAUACUCAGUGACAUGUGUACUGAGGGAUUUGAUGACUGCUUAAAGUUUCUGCAGAAGAACAAUCUGAUCUCCUGCACCCGUCACCUAAAGGUUAAAUCUUCCAUUCGUCCUGUCCAGAGCUCAUGUCAGUUGGACACCAUGGAUGUUGACCAAGUUGAAGGGGAAGAGUCCAUACUUGAGGAGGAGGAGGAGGACCCCCAUGGGGAAAACUGUCAGGAAUGUCGACAGAAAGUCCAAGGGGCCCUGACUGAUACACUACCUCCAACUGUGGCAGAAGCCUUCCAGGUGGCUUGUGAUUCCAUGAAUAAAGGCUUCCAAUCGUACAUCCACAGACACAAAGCGUUAAGAGUAGCCUCCCUUAUGGUUGCCCCAUGGUUCUUACCUGCAGAUAUUGUCUAUAACUACACCCUCAGGGUGCUGGAGUACUUGCCCUCCUUGCCAAAUGAUAUGCGAGUAAUGUCUCAGGAAGUCCUUACCGUACUACGUCAUCUUCUACAUCAGUUUCAACACACCAAACGCAAAUACCGUGCACAAUUUACCUGUCAGCUUGCCAUCACAGAGAUUAACUACGGAAAUCAGCCUCAGUUGCCAAACUCAUUGACAAUGAGUCCUUAUCAACCAGAGCCUAUCAACCCUUCUGUGAGGAAUCUUAACAUUGGCUUUGCUGUUGACUUUGAAACCGAAUCCAAAGACCCUGUUCAGUCUAUAGGACACAUUGGGAGACACCUGAAUCAGAUGGACAUCAAUCAUGUAGAGGUACGCUCUGAAGAAAGAGGAAGGAACAUCCAUCUGAACAUGACUGGUGACCAGGCCUCAAAUCAAUUGUUUGACACUUUUGAACAAUGUCUGCUCAUCUCAAAUGAGAUGGAAUCAGCAAUGGCUUACUAUUACAAGGAUGAGAGCAAUAGAGAGUGCUACAAUGUACAGGAAAUCUAUGACAUAGACAGUGUAGGUAUUACAUUACCUAGUCCCACUGAACUAUCCUCAGGACAAGACUUAUCAGAUUCUGACUGGCACUCCUAUCUAGAAUCCAAACCAGACAUUGAGAAUGAGGUGGGAGAUAGAAUACAGGAAGUCUUAGCUAUACCAGAAUUCCAGAGUGGUGACUAUAGUGAUAGUACACAAUCUAAGUCUGAGGCUGGAGAAAUUGAUUAAAAAUGGGCAUGAAAUUGGAUUUCGUUUGAUUACUUACCUAUUUAUUGCUCUGCAAGCAAGAAUUGACUUAUAAUUCUGCAUUUUAAUAUUCCUUGAUUUUGCUUUUGGUUGACAUUGGGAAACUGUUUUAAGUUUCCAAUCAUUACAAGAUCAUGCUGUCUCUGAAGAUGUUGCUAUACAGCAUGCACUUUAGGAAUGAACAAAAAUGGAUGGUUUAUUCAGUGCUUCUUAAGUAGUGCCAGUGUCUGUGAAAACUAUCUCUAAAAACUUUCUUAUAAAAUAGCUUGCAGUAUUUAUUUAUGCUUUGUUCAAAAUAUGAAUGUAUAUUCUCUUUCCUUUUACUCUAAAAAACCCCAUUCAAACUAAUUUAUUAAACACAUGCACUUGUGCCAAAUUUGUAUGUUUUUAUGCAACUGUUUGUAGAGAUAAAAUUUACUGUAUUUUAGCUAUUUAUUUAUAACGUCUUUUUGUCUUAAUACCCUAAACAUUCUGUUUUUAUUGUAAAGGACUUUUGAGAUAUUCAUUUUGUAGAUCACCUGUGUAAUGCAUAUCAUACAUGUACAGUGUAUUUACAAGAAUUCUGACAAAAGUUUACCUCAUACUUUCAUUUUUAACUCGGCUUUUAUCCACUGUUAAUGUUUAUACCGUGUAUUUGGUGCUUUCAUUCAUCUCUUCUCAUCAUAGUAUUUUAUGUAUAUUGUACUUUCAUUUUUGGUAUAUGAAAUACUUCUAGUUUGCUGUUUUAUACAACCAAGCAAUGCAAUUAUUUUUUUUUGUGAGUACAUAAAAAUAUUUUUAAGUUGUUACAUCUUCUGCUAAUUCUAUGUAUAUACUUCAUAUAGAACAAAACUUCUAAGCUUUGUAAAUAUGUAUAUACUUUAUACAGAACAGAAUUUCUAACCUUUUGUAAAUAUGCAUAUGCAUAUACUUUAUAGAAGAACUUGUUUCCAACCAGAUAAUCAGUCCUAGUGCUUGUUGUUUUAAAUUCUGUUUGCAGAUGAUUGAUGUUGUUCUGGUUUAUAUUAAGGUAGAACUUGUAUCAUUUGGCAAGUAAUGUGUAUUGUUAACCAACAGCGUUCUUGUAUUGACGUCAGUGUUGUUAUAUAUUUAAAACUGUUGAUCAGGAUUAAUCAUAAAGGCAUUAGUACAGAAAAAAAAAACAUUGUUACAGAAUAAAAAAUAAAAGAUAA